GGAGUCUUCAUCAGUGCCCAGGCUGGACAGAAAAUCGUACAAGAGGAGCUAAGGAAGAUAUUCAUCUCCCUGAAGUGCGUUGGAUUUCUGCUGAUAUUUAUGCUCCUGUUUACGUGGAACGUGAAUGCCAAGGCGACUGUUCUUCCGGUGCUUCUCUUCACUGUGCCACCACUGUGGUACUUCUACAUGCCAUUCCUCUACCUGGUCUACCACAUGCCAUUUCGAGUUGGUGAGAAAGUCGUAAUCAAAAACGAGGCCAUGAGAGUUGUUGAAAUGCGCCUGUGCUACACGCUGUUCAAGGACGCAAAUAAGCAGUUUAUCACAAUUCCAAAUAAGGCGAUAUACAUGUCCACGGUGCAGAAUAUCUACCAAUCUAUUCAUCAGACACUUCUAUUCAAAAUCAAGGUUGCCAAUAACACGAGUAGGCAGAUUAUGGGCGUACUCAGGCACAAAAUGACACAAUUUGGAACUGAUUGUGGAUUCAUCAGGAAGAUUGAGAUGGAUUGCACCAAGGUGGUUGAUAUGAACUACUACGAGAUGGAAAUGCGAAUAACUCACCCAUUCAACUACUCCAGCGGCUACUUCAAGGCCAAGGCCCAUGACAUCUUCCUGCACGAACUAAUCAGACAAAUAGAACACUUGCGAAUUGAUGGAGGCCACCAGAAGCCACGGGUGACUCUGGUUGGAAGAAGAAUCAAAUUUGAAUAG